AUGGUGAUAUCAGAAGAAAAGAUGAAGUUGCCAUCCACAAAGAAAGCAGAGUUGCUGUCCUCGGCCCAGCUAAAGAAGCUGACACAGUUAGCUGAAAAAAGCCUGAAGAACACAAGGGUAACACAAACUCCAGAGAAUAUGCUGCUUGCAGCUUUAAUGAUUGUAUCAAUGGUGGUAAGUCUCCCUAUGUCUGCAGGAGCAGCUGCAGCUAAUUAUACCUACUGGGCCUAUGUGCCUUUCCCACCCUCAAUUCAGGCAGCCACUUGGAUGGAUAAUUCUAUUGAAGUAUAUGUUAAUAAUAGUGCAUGGGUACCAGGCCCCACAGAUGACGGUGGCCUUGCCCAACCUGAAGAAGAAGGAAUGAUGACAAACAUUUCCAUUGGGUAUCAUUAUCUUCCUAUUUGCCUGGGGAAAGCACCAGAUUGCUUAAUGCCUGCAACCCAAAAUUGGUUGGUAGAAGUACCUACUGUCAGUGCCAUUAGUAGAUUUACUUAUCACAUGGUAAGUGGAAUGUCACUCAGGCCACAGAUAAAUAAUUUACAGGACCCUUCUUAUCAAAGAUCAUUACAAUAUAGGCCUAAGGGGAAGCCUGGUCCCAAGGAAAUCCCCAAAGAAUCAAAAAGCCCAGAAGUCUUAGUUUGGGAAGAAUGUGUGGCUGAUACUGCAGUGGUACUACAAAACAAUGAAUUCGGAACUAUUAUAGACUGGGCCCCUCGAGGCCAAUUAUAUCAUAAUUGUAUGGGCCAGACUCAAUCGUGUUCACAGGUCCCAUCCAUCUGGCCCAUUAAUAUGGCCUAUGAUAGUGAUUUAACUGAAAGCCUGGACCAGGUUCAUAGAAGGUUAGAAUCACUCUAUCCAUGGAAAUGUAGUGUGUAA